ACUUAGUCAGACACACUCACACGCACACGAGACGCGCGUCUGUGACACACAACAUCUAAUAUCUAAUUUUGUGGUGACAGUGCAGUGCGCGGCACGCGACCACUCGACGACAACAAACAACAACAACAACAACAACAACAAAGGAGAAGAAACAACCCAACGAUGGAUCGAUCAGACUGAAAUCGGCAGCGGCAGCCGGCCAAACAAAUCCAUUUUCACCACGCUCAUCGUCUGUGUGUCGUCCGAAACGUGUAGGACUGUUCGAAACUGUUCGACACGCUGGAAAUUUCGCGGAAGAUGGUGCUCGAAUCGGGCGUGCUUCCGCCCCCGUUGCAGCUAUACGCGGCGGCGGCCGCCCAUCUGGCGCCCCGACCGCCUUGGGCGCCGCUGUUGCAAUUCCCGGGGGCGGCCACACUCCUCGGGAUGCCGGGCGCCUUUUCGCCGCUCAACAGGCCGAGAUACCCGCCAGGCUUGGGGCCCGGAAUGAGGGCGCCGCCCGGACCGCCGUCGGAAGACAGCGGCAGCGAAACGCACGGAAAAGGAGGUGCUUGCAGUAGCGGCGAAGCCGAUUCCGAGAGCGCCGCAUCGAAACGUCGCAGAAGUCGAACAAACUUCAACAGUUGGCAGCUGGAGGAGUUGGAACGCGCCUUCCUGGCCAGCCACUAUCCCGACGUGUUCAUGCGGGAAGCGCUGGCGAUGCGACUGGACCUGAAGGAGAGCCGAGUCGCCGUGUGGUUCCAGAACAGGAGAGCAAAAUGGCGUAAGAAGGAGCAUACGAAAAAAGGUCCCGGCCGACCGGCACACAACGCUCAUCCCCAAUCCUGUUCCGGCGAGCCGAUACCGCCGAACGAGUUGAGGGCGCGCGAAAGAGCCCGUCGCCGGAAAAAGCUGCAAAAAGCCUUGGAACGUCAGGCCCGCAAGUUACGAGCAAAAGGAAUCACCGUCGAUUUGGUGGCUCUGAAAAGGGAGUACCUGUCGCAACGUGGAGUCGAUCCUUUGGACAGUGACAGUGACAUUGACGUGGUAGGUGACUCCGGAGCGGAAUCGGAUAAUUUUAACAAUUCGAGAGACAACGACGUGUUCUCGAACGCCUCUGAGACCGGGGUGGAUCUAACGGCGGCGUCCCACGACGACAAAAGUCGACAGAGGCUAAAUCCGUUCAGUAUAGAGUCACUUUUGAACACCACAUAGUUUCGCAUUGAUCGGAUCAACAGAUAAACAAUGACUAUGUUGAUGAACUGUGCAAUAAAUAGAGUGUUUGUUUGUUUGUUUGUUUGUUUGUUUGUUUGUGUUUGUUAAGAUCGGUUUGGCUGCAGUUUUGCAGAUUCAUUUUUGUAUAUUAUCGGUGAUGUUUGUGUAAAUAGUAAAUUGGACAUAUCUAUCGAGUGAUCUGUCUGCAGUCAAACCUGUAUUUAUUUUGUACAUAUUUAGCAACAUAAUGAAGAGAAUCCCUUGUAUAAAUUUCCCACACCCUGCCCCCGCCCUUCCCAAAUUUCCGAAACAGUACUGUAAUUAUUAGAUUAAAUGGAUGCCCUUCGUCCGUCGGAUACAAAUAUUUUUAACUCAUUUUUUGUACAAAAGUUGGGGCCAUCCAAAAACAAAAGGAAAAACCAAAACAAAGACAAUAAAAAUCAUACGAAAUCAAUCGAAUCGCCUCAACGAGAAAUGUUUGGCCUUUUCGGAACCAUAUCAAUAAGAUUAUCUAUCGUUUGGAUCCGAUGGACGAUCGAAUCAACAACGUUUCGUACUAGGACAGCAAUACAUCCGCAAGUUCAAAUUGUUUAGACUUAGACAUAAAUAAAGAAAGUGCAUGUCGUCCGUUUAUUCCUUCGGUUGUCCGUCUGUCUGUCUCAUUUCAUUUGAGAAAUUUCCUAUUAGCUGACAACGAUGCAAACAAAACGAUUCAUCAUUCUCUUCAAACUCUCUUUGUCGAACAACGAACAUUGUUGUCGGCUAAUUCGAAAUCUACUAUUAAACACUAAUCAGUGAUCUGCAGUGCUACUAUAUCAGAUAAAUUGAAUUAUCUAUAAUAAAUAUAUUAUUUAUUCGAA